AUGUAUGAGGACUUCACCGAGUCCACUGGGGACUAUUAUUUCCUCUGUGACACAGAGGGGCCAUGGGGCAUUGUUCUGGAGUGCCUGGCAAUAAUUGGCAUAGUGGUCACAGUUAUUCUGCUCUUGGCAUUUCUCUUCCUCAUGAGAAAGGUUCAAGACUGUUGCCAGUGGAAUGUGCUCCCCACCCAGGUGCUCUUCCUGCUGGGUGUGCUGGGGCUCUUUGGCCUUGCUUUUGCCUUCAUCUUCCAGUUUAGUCAGCAAACUGCCCCUGUACGCUACUUUUUCUUUGGGGUUCUCUUUGCUCUCUGUUUCUCAUGCCUCUUGGCUCAUGCCUCCAACCUAGUGAAGCUGGUCCGGGGUGGAGUCUCCUUCUGUUGGACGACAAUUCUUUGCAUUGCUAUUGGUUGUAGCCUUUUGCAGACAAUCAUUGCCAUUGAGUAUGUGACUCUCAUAAUGACCAGAUGUAUGAUGUUUGUACACAUGACACCCUGUCAGCUCAAUGUGGACUUUGUUGUGCUCCUGGUCUAUGUCCUUCUGCUGAUGGCCCUCGCAUUCUUCGUCUCCAAAGCCACCUUUUGUGGCCCGUGUGAAAACUGGAAGCAGCAUGGAAAGUUCAUCUUCGUCACUAUGCUCAUCUCCAUCAUUAUCUGGGUGGUGUGGAUCUCCAUGCUCCUGAGAGGCAACCCACAGCUCCAGCGGCAGCCCCAGUGGGAUGACCCUGUCAUCUGCAUUGCCCUGGUCACCAAUGCAUGGGUUUUCCUGCUGCUGUACAUCAUACCUGAGCUCUGCAUUCUCUACAGAUCAUGCAAGCAGGAUUGCCCUUUACAAGGCAACACCUGCUCAGCCCCAGUCUACCAGUGCAGCUUCAGAGCGGAGAACCAGGAACUCUCAAGAGCCCGAGACAGUGAUGGAGCUCAGGAAGAUGUAGCAUUAACUUCAUAUUCAGCUACAGAAUUUCUUGGAUUACUUUCAAUUUCCAGUGAUCAGCUAUUCAAGAAUCUUGCAAAGAGAUUCUUGUUAAUGACUAAGGGGAAAGAUGGUAAAAAUGUUCUGAUACGGACUGUUGAUCCCACUCAAGAGUAUUUCAUCCCAUGGGCUACACUAGGCCCCCACAAAGAUGCAGAAUUAUAAAGUCCAGGAAACCCGAGUAGUGAAAAUCCAGAAGGCCAUCCUAAUGUAGCCCUGGUGGGCUGCUGGGGAACCCACAGAGUCAUACUGCCAACAAAUUAUCAGCUCAUCCUUCCUUCUCUGCU